AUGGUCACACAGACGCAGCCUUACUCCAAGGCCGUCGAGUACUUCGACCGCUUUCCCAGCGACCUCUCGAAGUACCCCUUGACCGACGCCCAUCUGCAAGCCGAGCUCCGUGCGGCAACCGCUCUCGCCUGGACCCACCCGUUCCCGGCCGCGUCCAUGUGCGCGUACGUCGUCAUGUGGACCGCCAACGACGCCGCCGAGCGUAUCGAGGUGGUGGAGGCCUUCGACCGCGAGUUCGAGCGAUUCACCGACAAGGAGGCCUCUCUGGAGGAUCAGCUCGCCGCGUGGGACGUCAUGCUGCAGAAGGCAAAGGGCGAGAGGGAUGCCAUGUCGCAGCGCCGAGACCGCGCCCUGGACCGGUACGACUCGGCAAGCGAGGUGGCCAAGAGCUGCUGCUCGAAGUUCGAGGGCCUGAAAGAUGCCAAGGCGGCCUUUGAUGAGGAGAUCAGGGAAUGGAAAGAGGAACAGAUGUGGAACGUCUUCUUUGGCUUGUUUACUGCAUGCGAGUCCAUUGGAAGCCUCUCGGCCGGCCUCGAAGCGCUUGUCGGCGCAGCAAAGGGGUUCCUGGACGACGGCACGUCUCUGCCUUCGACCGGCAGUGUCGCGGGAUCCAGCUCGGGCGAUGCCAAUUCAAUGGCCAUCUUUACGCUGGCACAGCACGCUGUCAACAGCAAGACAUUGGCUCAAGCCCUUGCAAACACGGUCAAGAUAGGCCAGGAGUACGUCCGGCGGCAGAUUGACUUGACUGUGCUGGAGCAGGACGUCGAGAAGCUUCAGCAGCUGCAGGAAGAUUAUCACUAUGAGGCCCAAGUCUACGAGGAAGGCAUGCAGAGAUUCUACGAUUGGAUGAUGACCUUGAAAGUGGGCGUGUGGAUGGCCAUGAAGAAGGCUGCCAAGUUUACGCUCGCACCGACCACAACGAAAGCGGAGCCCCAGAUCAAGGCCAAUUCUCAGGGGCUGCCUGCCGACUUCCAUGACGGCUUCCACUGGCGCAUGUGGGGCAUGGACCCGAUCCUCCGAGGCGCUGUGCCUCGACCGGACAAGCUCGUGAAUGGGCACGUCGUGGUGAACCUGUGGAUCACGACCGAGGGCAAGUUCUCCGACAUCGACGAGAAGGGGGCCAUCCACUACUUAUCAGCCCGGCCACAGUCAAAGCUGCACAUGGUCCAUACACCCUUCACCCAGUGGACUGUCAAGAUCGAGAGGGAAUCGCGUGGAGUGCUGAACCUGGACGCCCUCAAGGGGCUUGACGUGCACUGGGUGGGCAACUACAUGCCGGUCAAGCCUCCCAGACGGGACUCGGCCCUUGCGCUGUAA